GGUCAUGUCCAAUGAAAAUAUCGUGUGCGGACGCUUCGGAUUUUAUAAAUCUCGAGAGGGGAGGAUGUAACCGUCGAAAACGGUCUUUUAAUUUAGUCCUUGCUCUUACGACUUACGACAUGUAAUUAAUAAAUUAUAUAUUUGUGGCAUAUUAAAUGACAAAAAAUAACGUAUUUGUAAGUUUUUUAAUCAAUGGACGGUGACGAAACUCGCGGUGGUAAACAGAAAUCUUUGGAGCCAGGCAGAGAAAUGCUUGCCAAAUAUAAGGCUAUUGCUCAAGAUGUGGGAAAUAGCCAACUGGGCGAGCCAUCUGACGAAGAGCUUUUGCACAAUGAUACAACCGGACAAUCCAUAGACCCGCAGGGCACUAGCAUCACGGAAGGUAUUUCCUCUCGUGAUAUAACACAGAGCAGUAUGAGUGUUAGCGAGGGUGAAGGAGACGGAGAUUUGGAGGGUAUAGCCGGACGAGUGGCAGAACUUGAAGAAAUGCUCCAAGGGAAAGAGGCGGUUGUUGAAGCACUCAGCGCGGAAAUUGAUCACUUGAGAGCGGAAGCAUCUUCACCCAAUUCCUCACAGAGCCAUAAUAGCAGUCCGCAUCAAAACAGAGAUCUCUUACUCGUCUAUCAUACAAAACUGCAAGAUUUCGAGAGAGCUGUCAAUCAGCGUGACAAUUUGAUUCACGAUUUGACAGCAUCUUUGGAGCAAGCAUUGUCAGCAAGAGAUGCAUUGAAAGUUCGGCUUCAAUCAAUGGCAGCGAAUGACCUUACUCUGAGUAUGGGCAAUUGUACACCUAUACAAGAUCGCAUUACUUCGUUGGAGAGUUCACUCAUCGAACACAAAGCAAUGAUAAACCAAUUGAAUGAGGAACUAUUGAGAUCUCACGAGACUGUAAGAAAAUUGGAAAUGGAAAAACAGGCACAAAGCGCUGAGAUCGACGAUUACAAGACGCGAGUUAAUCAACUCAAUGAGAAAAUUCGUGCUGGUGCUGUCGAAAAUACAUUGAAUAUUGCUGAGACAAUGGAAAUGCAAAAACAAUACGAGGCAAGAGUAGACAAAAUAAAAAAGGAUAUGCAGGUUAUACUUGAGAAAUUCAACGCGGAGACCAAGUCGAAAAGUGUUCAACACGAAGAAGCCAUGAGAGGAUUGGAAUUGAAGUACCAGCGGGAAAUGAUAGAAAUGAAAGGAAAGUUUGAAGAGCAGUAUCGAAAUUUAGCGGAUCGGUACAACACGGAAUUGCCCGAUUUGGAAAGCAAGCACGCGAAAGAGCUGUCAGUUUUUCAAGCUCAACUGUCGUCGUACAAGAAAACUGUUGAAGCGUUAAAGCUCGAGUUGGUGAAUCGUUCGGAUUCGCAGCAAUCGAUCGUUUCCGAGGUCAACAAUUUGAGGGAAAAGCUCUUGCACAGUCAAAAAGACAAGGAAAUGUUGAACGAACAGAUUAAUCUACAUAAAGUACAAUUGGACGAGUUGACUUCCAAGUAUGUUGCCGCUGCGAGCAUUUUAGACUCGAAAGAAAGCAUCGAGAGGUCGUUGGAGGAGGCGUUGACGAACGUCGCUAUGCUUAAGCAGGAAAACGAGGCUUUGAAAUUCAAGCAUGACGAUUUGAGCGCCCGUUACGCCGCUGUGCAAUCUCUCAUCGAGAACAAUCAAGCGCAUGAGCGAUCGAUGAACAAUCGAAUAUUUGAUUUGGAAAAAUCUCUUUCUCGCCUCAGUGGCGUGAGCGUGAGCAUGCUGAGUGAAUUCAACGAGACAACAUACCAGACCUUCGACGACGUUGCUGUGCAAUUCCAAGCGACUCGACAAAAGUUGGAGGAAAGAGCCGAACUGGAACGGCAACUCGUUGAGAAAAUUCGCUCUUUGGAGGAAGAAGUCGUCCGAGCUAACGACGAAUUAAAUCGCACAAACCUCGAAAAAGAAUCCUACGAAAAACAGCUGAAAGACAUGAAAAACACCUGCGACAAAUUACGAUCCGAACGAAACUCCAAACAACAAACAAACUCGGAAGAACCUCAACCGUUUCGAAGUUCCGUUUACUUUGAUUCAGAAAACUUAGCUGAGCCACAAAGUCCGGAGAAUAACACAUAUUCCACGGAUAUUCUUAAGCAAAUUGAGAAUUAUAAACUCGAAAUAACGCAGCUUCAUGAAACGAUCGCUUUGAAAGAUCGUGAGAACGCAGAAUUUUUAAGCAAACUCAACGACAUGACAGAAAAACUAAAACAAUCCGAAGCCGAGUGUGAACACCUGAAAAAUGGCAUGGCCAUUGCUUGGGAACAAUGCGCCGAAUUCGAGGAAAAACUCAAUCAAACGUUGGCUAUGAACGAAACGAAAUCCGCUGAAUCACUGAGCCCCUCGAAGCUGGAACGCGACAGCGACGGCUCGAAGACUUCGAACGACAGUUACAAAACUGCCAAACAAUGCAACAUCACAGAAAAAAGUAUUCAAACUGAGAAAACGAUCGAGGAAAACGAAGAUUCCCUCGAGGUAGUGGACGUGAAAUCGAUGAUGGACGAAAUAACUUUGCUGAGAAAGGAGAAAGAAAAUUUGUCCUUAGAGAUGGAAAACUUGGUGGAAACUCUACGUAAUUUGGACGAAAUUUCGAAAAAGUUACAACAAGCCACAGCCGAAAAUAACGAGUUGCGUUUAGAAAAUGAGAAAUUUUUCCAAGAUCAAAAUAAAGUUGAUUCGUUGCUCAAGAGCAUAGCUGAACUCACAGCCGAAAAAGCAGCUUUGACCCGGGAGCUGUCAAACCUCGCUGACAAACACAGAGAAGAAUUGGCGAUCGUAAGACAAGACUCGAGCAUGGAAAUCGAGAAAAUACGUAAUUUGAUGCUGACCAUGAGACAAGGCGAUGUCGGACUCGAAGAAUUGAGAAAUGAAUUGGAAACUCGUCACGCCAAAGAAAUGGAAGAAUUACGCACUUAUUUCGAGGAAAAAUGUUUGCAAAUGGAGAAACAAUAUUCUGACGAGAUAUUCAGUCAACAAUCGAAAAAAAUGUCUGACAAUGACAGUGAAAUCGAAGAUUUGGCUGAAGAUUUGUAUUUCGGUGGUGGCGGUGAUUGUUCCAAUACACAUCACACUUCGGUCGAUAAUUCUCGAAAUGAAAAUCAUCUUCCUAACGUUGAAGCGAAAAUCUAUAACAAUGAGAGCAACGCGAUCGUAGAAUCCGGUCUUGUUACGGCCGUUAAUCAGCUUUCUCAAACGGAAUGGGAUACGGCUCUCGAGAAUGGCGAGUUAACGAAGCUCCGUACCGCCUACAAUAAUCAACUUGAAGAACAGGUAGCUCUCGCUAAGCUCGACAUUGUCAACGCUCUUCAGGAACAAAUUCAGGCUUUGCUGACCGUUGAAUCCGACAUGGAAGACAAUUGGCCAACGGAGUUACUCGAGUUGCGUAAUAAAUUUACAAACAACGCGAAGCGGGAGACGGAACAGUUGAAAUUAACUCAUGCCGCUGAAUUAAAACAACUGAGGGAUGAGCAUUCGCGCAACGUUUCCAGAAUGGUCGAACGACACCAAGAGGAAGUGAGGAGAAUCAUGGAGGAACGCAGUAUCAACGAGGAGAAUAAACAAACUGAAGAUUUGAAUUCGAUCGUCGACAACAGUGCGUUAAUCCGUGAAAGGGACAAUUUGUACAGGACUUGUGUCACCCUAAAAGAGCUGAUUGUAGAUUUGACCAAGUAUUUCGCGGUUUGCGAGGAAGAAUUGAACAACACACUGAUAAGUGAAGUUUUGAAGCGACAGACGUCAGUUGAGACAGGACUUCCACCGAAUUCUGAGGAAGAUAAUAUAAGAAAAGACGAGGAUGCAACGGAUCUCAAUGCUCCACCAAAAUCACCGGAAAGGAAAAUCAAGAGAGUGCACUUUGCGCCUCAAUGCAGCCAGUUGGUAUCCAUAAUGAAUGACGACACGGAUAAUUUGCAAUCUUUCGUUACCGCUGAAAAAGAUCUCAGCGACAAAGUUCGUCGGGAACUGGACGAUUGUUUGAAACGCUUGAGAUCCGAGAGCGCUCAAGUUCUAGGAAUAACUCUUACACCUGGUGAGUCCAUGCUCGAUGUUCUCUCCAAACAAGUUUUAUGGACAACGAAAGUCAACGAGGAGCUCAACGCCAAAUUGAUGGAAGCUGAAAAUAUCGUGGUCGCUUAUCAAGAAGAAACCAGAAUUUUGAAAGCCAGAGUCAUGAAUCUUCAACAAAGUCUCUUACACGUUGAAAACAAGAAAGAAAUCAUUUCUGAAGGCUACGGAGAACACGAGGAAACUGGCGGUGAUUUGGUUGUACAAGAUUUUUCACAGUUGCAGGAAAAAGCACGUCACGCGAUUAUGAGCGGUGUCGUUGAUAAUGCCUACCUUUUGCAAUUGAUUGAAGAAUUUUGUCGUUACAUCGAUAAAAUAACGGACGAAAUGAGGAAAGAGAAGGACGAUUUGCAGCAGCAGCAGGUGCCUUUAGAACCCACUCCUACCCCAUGCAUUCACAGGGUUUCCUGUCGAAAGAUCGAAGCGGCCGACAAGCAGUUACGCGGCACGAGGAAAUUCCUGGAAGAACAAGCAAGCGAAAGGGAAAUCGAACGCGAUGAAGCUGCUCGACAAAUAAAUUCGCUCCAGGAACAAAUCAAGGAAUGCGAACGUGAGAAAGAAAGAGAUUUGCGCAUUUCUUCCGAGUCUUCACUGUCGCCUGUAUCAUCAACGGUGGUUCGUGUGCUUGAAGCAACUGACAUCAAUGCAGCUGUUGAGACGCUCGAAUCGCAAUUGCGCGAAAUGGCAUCUGUUAUGUCAGAGACACAGACGAAGAAAGCAGAGACUGAGAGUGAAUUGAAAGUCGCGGUUGACAAGAUCUGGGUACUCAGGGACAUCAUCGUCGAUCUGGAGCAACAGAUCCAAGCGAGAAUCGAGAAAGAAGAAACUCUUAUCGGCCAGAUUGAACAAUUGGAAGAAGUUAUCGCUGCGCAAACGAAAAAUCAACACGAAUUAGCACAAGAGUUGGAUGCGAUCAAAAUGGGAGGGGAGAAUAGCCAACUCAAUGAACAUAUCACUCAUUUGGAAGAGGAACUGAGAAAACACAAACUGAGCUCCGAACAUUUUGACGUGAAUUCGUCAGCCCUGAAGCAAAUGAGAAUAGAACUGCACGAUAUGCAAAACCAACUGGACAAGCGUACGCGAGAAUUGGAAUCGCUGCACAUGUGUGGCUCCAAUCUGAGCAUAAGUCAACCCAGCGAAGAUGUUUCCAUUCGCGAACAAAUCGAUGUUGCGCGUUGUCCUACACCAGACGAUCCGAAUUCACCACCGACGUUGCCACUCGAUUUGCUUUUGAAGCUCAAAGAAAAAUUGCUCAAACAUGCACGAGCUGAGGAAGUCGCUUUCAAAAGAAUCAAAGAUCUCGACAUGCAGCUUGCAGCAUACAAAAUUCAAAACGAGGAGCUCCAAGCGGAACAGGAAAUUCUCCAGCAGACCGCAUCGGAGCAAUUGUUCCAAAUGGAAGCGAUGCGAGGUCGUUUGGAGCAGCAAAAGCAGAAUGCUCCAUUCGCUCAGAGACAGGCAACCUCUCGUUUGGAGCUGCAGUUACACGAAGCUAACGCAAAACUGCAUUCCCUUGAACAAACCAUCGCUGACAAAGAGCUUGAGGUGACCGAAUUGAAGGAACAAUUGCAACGUUCAAAUCAGUUGCUGCAAGAUAAGCAAAAAGAAUUCGUGAACGUGGUACAAACUGAGAACAAUGCCAUCCAAGAACUGAAGGAUCGUUUGAAGUCGUUGGAGGAGGAGAAGAAGUUAUUGGAGUCGAAGGUCGGUGUCCAGGAGCGUGCUCAAGUCGAAUUGCCUCAACUGAUAGAUUCGAUGUUGGCAGAUAAGAACGAAGAAAUCGAUCAUUUGAAAGAGCAAUUGUUAAAGCGUGACAAGCAGCUUCAACAGCAUUUAUCAGGAACGAAUAUCGACGAGAACAAUGUGGGAAAACAAUGCGAGCUUAAAAACAGUGCACGAACAUUGAGCGACAUAUUGUCAAUAAAUUCCGAGUGCGAGGAUUACUCCGAAGCCAUACGGGAAAAUGUAAGCUUGUCGCAUGCCCUACCCCACAAUAUUUCAACGUUCAAAAUUCUCAGUACACCCGUCGGGACGAAAGAGAGUUAUCAAGUGUCGCCUGUUGGAUUGACAGACGAAAAUAAACCGUCGAUUCAUGUGCCACGAUUGGAGCUCGGUUCUUCCCGUUCGCCGACUCAUUCGAGCACAGCUUGCCCUCGUCACUCACGAGUAUCAUUGGAUUUCAUACAAACCGCUGAUUUUGACUCGAAAUCGCCUUCGUCUGGUGAUAACGAAGAAUCGUCGACGAAUCACGCGAAAACAAACGGUUUGUCAGAUCACGAGCUCGACUGCACUUGUACGCUGGAGCAGCAGAAGAAAAAAACUGAAAAAAUUUCGUCCAUGUCUCGACGCAGCAGAAACUUUUCUUCGAAAUCCGUCAGCCUCGUUACAAACGAUCAAACACUCAACAUCCGUAUUCAGGAUCUUGAGAAUCAGCUGCAGACAAUAAAAAACGAGUUGGACGUUAAAUGUACGAGCUUAAUAAAACGCGAAACUGAGCUUAACGCGCUGCAACGUAGCCUCGAAGAACUGCGCCUUGAGUUUAAGGAAACUACGGAAACGCUAACGCGCGAUAACAUUUUUUAUAAAAACCAGUACGAGCUCUCACAGGCUUCGGAGCUCAAGAUUCGCAGGGAUCUCGAGGAGGUUGAAAAUACUCUUAAAUCACAAACGGAAGAUUUGGAAGAGUACAAAAAUAUGAUGCAAGUUAACGAGAGAAUAUUGACGGAAUUGAAAACUGAAAAUGUUCAUUUGAAAGAGACGCUCGGGCGUCAAGAAAACGCAAGUAAAAGUUUCGAGGUUAGACUGGAGGAAAAGUCGGAAGAAUUGAAAAACUUACGACAACUGAUAUUCGACAAGGACGUUACGAUUGAAACCGUGCAAACUCGCAAUCUUGAGAUUGAAAAUGAGAAUAAAAAAUUGUACGAGUACAAAACCCGAUAUGAUCAGUGUAAAAAAGAGCUUGGCGAAUGCAAAACAGAAAUGAAACGUUUGACCGAAGGCUUGAAUAAUCGUGAUCAGGUAAUACGAAGAUUGGAAGAAAUGGCGAGAAGAACGAGCAUCUCGGGCUCCUCCUCGCCCGGGGACAAUAAAGAUCAGGAAAUUCAUCAUCUUCAAGAAUAUCUGAAAGAGAAGGAAAAGGUGAUACGGCAGAUGAGUGACGACAGCAAAAGUCUUCAUCGCGCCCUCGAGACGAUACAGAACAAGAUGAAAGAAUCGGGCAACGUUGUGGAAUUGCGUAAAAAGCUGAAAGAAGAGCGAAGGUUCAACGCCGAGUUGAAAGCAAUGGUGGAAAAAUUGAAGCAAGAGCUCGAAGGUUUUAAGGAGGAAUCGAUGCGACAGUCCAUCGAAGGCGCUGACAUCGAAGAUAUGGUACAACGCGAGCUCGACCUUUCAGCCCGUUUAGAUCAGCAAAUAAUGGACGUUAUCGAGAGCGAAACAGAGGAAACUACACCUCGACGAAUAGAGAAACAUUCGUGCAAUUCUCUCACGAUAAAACCAGCCGAACACGAUCGUACGGAAAAAGUAAUGCAGAAGUACGCGGAAAUACGACAGAAAUUGAAACAAGCUCUGAAAGCGAAUCAGGAACUGACCAAACAACGGGACGAGCGAGAUAUCGAGAAAGAAAUGUUUAAGGCUCAGAUCACUGAAUACGAAUCUCGAAUAUUCCAAUUGUCGGCUGAACUUGAUGAGAAAUCUGCGAUACUCAGAGAACUCGACGCUGAAGUGUCUUCGAAAAGAUCGAUCGUACGAAACUUGGAAGUUCAAUUGCAAAGGGAAAAAUUCACUUCACAAACCGCUCACAAUCAUGACUCUGAACUUAUUUCUCAGCUGCGGAUAAAACUUGUCGCCUCUCUUGACAACGAAGAACGGGUGCGACGAGAAUUGACUCAGCUGCGCCAGGAACACAAAAAUUUAGAGACUCGACUAAACACUGCUCGGGAUCAAAUCGAAUUGCAAAAAUCUGGGGAAUCUCACGUCCUCAAAGAUCUUUUGGAAACUGAGCAAACGAAGUACGUUAAAAUGGCGGAAUUCUAUGAGAAGGAACAGCGCGACAAUGCGGAAUUACGAGAAACGUUGGAUCGCGUCGAAGCCGAGAAAAAUCGAUGUGAAAAAGAGCUCGAAUGUGCCAACGAGGAACACGACAAAUUGGCGAGCAGCCUAGCUCUCGCCGAAGGUGUCAAAGACCAUCUUGAAAUCGAAGUUAAACGGGCCAAGGAAGAGUUGAAAAGCCGCGAAGAAGAGUGCGAUUGGUUACAAAAGAGAAUAAAAACUCUGAGUGACGGACUCGCGAAAAGACAACAACAAACCUCGGAAGAACACGUCGAGCUGAAAAAUCUACGGCGUGGUUUGAGCAACGCUCGUGAAGUCAUGCUCGAUCUCAAAGCUGAUAUCGAUCAAACCAAGUCUGAGCUCACCAAAGCCAACGAGGAAAAAAUCCAAUUGGAACAGUGGCUGCGAACUGCAACCACUAACGAAAAUGAACUCAAGAGAAAACUCCAAGCUGCUAAAGGCGAGGAAGAUCGACUCAAAGACACGAUCAACGACUUGCAGACCGAGAUACAACUCAGUGUCAAAAGAGAAAUGGAAUUGACCGAAGAACUUCAGAAGGAAAGAUUUUCCGGCGAGAAAAAUAUUCCCGCUAAAUUCGUUCAAAAAAUCAAGGAAUUAAAUGAAAUUAUGGAAAAACAUGCACACGACAACAACGUCUUGCACGAGAAACUGGCAAAGGCGCGACAAGAAAGAGAGAUUUUUGCAACACGUGUCAGAGAUCUCGAGUCACAGUUGGCCCAGAAAAUCCGAGAGAUUAACGCAGUCGCUGCAACCGGAGACAUGAAUCCCCAUAUGACCGAAAGAUUGCAGCAUUUCUAUGGAAAAUACUUGCGUGUGGACAGUCGAAGAAAAGCUCUGGCUUAUCAGAAGCGGUAUUUGUUAUGCAUCGUCGGUGGUUAUCAGUUAUCGGAGGAUAGAACGCUGUCUGUUCUGGCACAAUUGACUCACGAGCAACGACUGCACACGACGACAAGCUCGAACCGCAAAAGCGCCAAAAUUCGCUUCAAAUGUGCGGCCCUAGUCAUUAUAAGUAUACACAGAAUGAAGUGGAUGAUCCAUCGCUGGCGAACCGGAAGAAGAGUUGGUGCUACCGCCGUUUUGGGCAAUCACGAACAGUCUUUCGUUCCAGUGAGAAGAACAGCGUCUAAUCAUUCGCCUCCAGUUAGAGACAGGAAUGCUGCUAUCGGUGGUUUCUCGUUGGAGCAUUACCUGGACCGAUUCAUGGACAUUCAACAAAGACUAGGCUUAGCGAUCCCAGAUUCGGAAACGUGAGCCUCGGCUCUGACUAAUAAAUCGCUCGUGCGAAUGACCAAAAUGACAAAUAGUAUUAGGUUUUAGUAGUACGUGGAACAUGCACCAGCGUUCUGGAUCGUCCUCCUUCAUAGAAUUUCUCGGUAGUCAAUAACUUUUUCAUUAAUAAAAUGUUGGAAGGAGGAUGAAAGUAUCGACGGGGUAGAGAAAAGAGAGUUAAACGUGGUGCAUUUUGUUAAUUGUAAUAAUAAUUUUGAAAAAGGACUGUAAAUUGAUACGACUAAGAGAAAUGUGUAAGAUACUUAAGUUAUAUUAUUGUAGAAACAUAAGUUUAUUUUUAGAAAAAUUGUGCACAAAGCCAAUGAGUGAGUGACCACUCUAGAGACGUUAAAUACGUUGGGUGUCGGUUUAAUUGUAAUUUACAAAUUUUCAUUACCGGUGACGUCACACAACCAAUCGAGUCAUACGGAGAUGUUCUUCCUCUUGCACAAUAAUCACCAAAGUUGGAUUUAUUUUCGAUAGUUACUUUCCUUUUUAUUUUUUUCCUUGUAAUCGACUAUUUUUGUUCUCACGAAAGAGAAAGCGUAAAGUUGGAUUUUCUUGAUAAAUCAUACAAAUAUGUGCCUUGUAAAUUUUAACAGUAUAAGUGUUUAGUAUUUAUUAUCGAGAGCGUUCGUUUCUUCAGUUUUUCUGUUCAAAUAUUGUGAUUGAGAAUGUUACCUUAUUGAAUGAGAAUAAAAAGCAUGAGAAUUUCUA